GAGGCGUCUUGCUGCUCUUGUAGAGGGGAUCUCAUCGUUUUCAUACGAGGCUUGCUAUAUGCUCACGUCGUGUAUUUGUGUCAAUGAACGCACAUCAAUAAUCUCACCUACACUAAUCUCGACCUCAAACUUCCCAUCAUGGAGCUCUUCAGUCUCGCCUGGUCGCUGUUGACCUCACCGCUCCUUCUCAUCUCCACUAUCUCCGGGAGUCUAACACUCUACAUUCUGGGAGUAAUCCUCUACCGCUUAACCCUCCACCCCCUCGCCGCAUACCCCGGCCCACUCCUCGCAAAAAUCACAGACAUCUACCUCGCAUACUACGCCUACAAAGGCAGCCGACACCUGGCCUUCCACAACGCACACCUGCAGUACGGACCGUACGUACGUCUGGGCCCAAACCUGCUUUCCGUCAACACCGCCACGGGUCUCAAGACGAUCUACGGCUUUCGAUCAAAUGUCAAGAAGGCGAGCUUCUACGAAGCUUUCCCCAGCACGCCGGCAGCUGUCAGCGUGCACAGUGCGAUUGAUAAGAUGCAGCACGCGCGCAAGCGGCGUGUGAUGAGCAGUGCGUUUAGUGAUGCCGCGAUUCGCAGUCUGGAGAAAUACAUCAUCGCGAAUGUGCGCGUGGGGUGCGAGUUGCUCGGGCGCCGGGCCGGCGGCGAGACACAUGCUGCUGAUGGGGGGGAGAAGUCUGUAAAUGGACAGGGCUGGAAUGGCGCGUGGAAUGCGGCACAUUGGUGUGAGUGGCUGGUGUUUGAUAUCAUGGGCGAUUUGGUGUUUGGCAAGGCGUUUGGGAUGUUGGAGAGUCCGGUGAAUCGGUUUGCGACGCAGUUGGUGGGGAAUGCUGCGCACAGGCAUUUGAUCUGCGGGACGCAUCUUACAAUUCACAACUGGCACCUGGACAAGCUGUUCUUCCGCAAAAUUGCUGGCCAGAGGGCGCAGUAUAUGCAGUACAGCAAGGCGCAGGCCAUGGAGCGCACGAAGCUGGGUCUUGAGGCCGAUCGCAAGGACUUCUUCUACUACCUCCUGAACGCAAAGGAUGCGGAGACUGGAGAGGGCUUCAACAUGAACGAAUUGUGGGGCGAGUCGAACUUGUUGAUCAUCGCAGGGUCUGACACCACUUCCACGGCCAUGUCUGGUACCUUCUUCUACCUGGCGCACAACCCCAGGGUUCUGGAGAAGUUGUGCAAGGAGAUCCGCGAGACUUUCUCGGAUGUCGAAGAGAUCGUAACUAGCCCGAAGCUGAGCGGCUGCUCCUACUUGAAGGCGUGUAUCGACGAGACGAUGCGCAUGACACCUCCAGUCGCUGGUGCUCUUCCUCGUCAAGUUCUGUCAGGUGGUAUGGAAAUCGAUGGCAAGCACAUCCAAGCCGGCGUCGAUGUGGGUGUGCCAAUCUACGCCAUCCACCACAACCCGAACUACUACCCUCAGCCAUUCGAUUACAUCCCCGAGCGCUGGCUCGCAGACCCAUCGACCAAUCCCCUGCACGACAGCCUCCCUGCUGCGCAAUCAGCCUUCAAUCCCUUCAGCAUCGGCCCACGAGGAUGCAUUGGAAAGGGUCUAGCGUACGUCGAGUUGACCGUCACGAUCGCGCGGGUUCUCUACCUGUACGACCUGAGGCUCGCUCCCGGAACAACAUUGGGAGCUGGAAGUAAGGAUCUGGAAGUUGGAAGGACGAGGGCGACGGAGUAUCAGAUUCAGGACGUUUUCGCGAGUAAGAAAGAUGGGCCGAUGUUGCAGUUCCGCGCGAGGAUCUAGACAGUCCUCGGACAAGAUAAUAUUACAAGUUGUCUCAACCGCAG